AUGGACCGCUCAGAGGCUGCCGCCUCGGUGCGAACCCCACCGCCAGAUCCGCUCUCGGAUCCAGACCCAGACGAUGAGGCUCUCCAACCCGACUCGCCCUCCUCCACCCCGCCGCUCGCAGACCAGAGCGGAUCGCAGACGCCUCUCGAGCCUCACUCCCAUCAAGCGCCUGCGAUUGCUAAAACGCAGUCCUCCGAUCUUGUCGACGACGAGCUAGAGCGAUUCCGUUCCGAAUGGAAAAAGGAGGUCGAGGCGAGAGGCCAUCUUACCUACGCCCAACCUUCCCACCCGCCCGCAAACACGCAACCGCGCCCCGAUCCGCAUACAGCACACACCUCAACCUCGACGCUGCUACAUCCAGCCGCCAAUUCCUCUGCAUCCGAGGCGCAUGCCCCCCUGCCACCCACACACCGACAAGGCCAUGAAGCAAGCGACAAUGACACAGACCUCGCUGCAGAUCAGCAAUCCUCGGCUCUACCACAAGAUCACUCCCUCCCCUUCCCCGAGGCAGAGAUCUAUGCGCCUGCAGCGCUCAAGUACUCCAAGGCUGCCCACAGGCUGCCGCGUCGUCCACCGCCAUCACAAUCAUCUCACGAUCUGCCUUCCCCCCUCGUACGACAGCAAGAUCAACCUCACCACUCGUCCGACCAGAAAGUCGAUGGCUCGAUCUCAUCGGCAUCCAUUCGCGCCUCGGCAGCUCCUUUUAGCUCUUCCACCUCCUCUUCUCGCCCACUCGCUCCCAAGCGCCAGCCCGCAUCCGAAACGGCCUCCCAGCCUUCGGCGUCAUCAUCAUCGUCCGCAUCAUCGCGCGCGCCGCACAUCAUCGCCACCCACGAUGCUCCCGCCCACGCCAGCGAAGCCACACAAGCAGGCAUGCGCAGCGCCGUCGAAGCCUACGCCCGCGCCGUCGAGAUGGAACGCAGCGGUCAGCUCGACCAGGCUCUCGAAUCCUACCGCCGCGCCUUCAAGCUCAACUCGCACGCAGAUCGUCUCUACCACAGGGCGCAUCUCCUCCUCACCGACCCCGCCCUCGCAAACUCCUCGACACAACAGAACGACGCCCUCCUUUCCAGUCCCGCCAUCGCAGACAAGGUGCGAAAGGCGCUCGACUUUGACGACCACCGCUACGUCGCCAUCAAAGAACGUCAGGCCAAAGAAGCAGAGGCAAAGGCCAGGGGCCUGUCCUACAACGGCACCGAGCCUCGCGCGUCUCUAGACGACCAAACGGCAAGUAGGGCUCCAACAACGUCCACAGAAAGACAAGACAAAGCGCACGAAUUGCGGCCCGACGAAUUGGCCAAGCUCUUCGACUCCAUGUCCAUCGAGCGCGGCGGAGAAAGAGAUUUCAGCACGAUCGCCUUGGCUCCCGAGGACGAGGAGAAGAGCAUGCCCAUCGCAAGAUUGCCCGACGAGAUCUUGCUCCACAUCCUCCGCAUGAUCAUCGCGCCUAGAGGAAGGCGAGGCGCCAAGGUCGUCAAGAUCAAACCUUCACCCGAGGAGCAGGCUGCCGCGGACGCUGCUGCAGCUGUAUCGACUGGCCGUAGUACCGCAAACCCCAACCCAACUACCGGCGCCGCAUCCAAACCCCACAAACCUGCCCCCGCUGGCGCUGCGAGCUCAACGGCUAACGGCAUCCACACGGCGCCUGACCCUUCUUCGACCGGAAAAGAAACAGGCUACAACAAUGCCAAGGCGGACACACACUCCGAGCCACAAUCAGGCGAACAUGACAAGGACAAGACGUCCGAGCCCAACGCCACUGGCGUCAUCGCUCGCAAGCAGCCGCUGGGCAUCGGCGUCGUGCUAGGCGGCGCAGACUGGCAAUCGCUCGAGAUGCUCGGACGCACGUGUUGGAAGAUGCGCCUCUUGACCAAAGCGCCCUCGCUGUGGCGCGAGAUUGUGCGCGAGACCUACUAUCCGCCCAUCCUCGAUGCAGCCUCCAGCCUGGCCAGUCUGUACGAGCGCCAUCACUCGGACUGGCGCACAGUGUUUAUCAACCAGCCGCGCGUGCGUCUCAACGGAUGCUACAUCGCCGCGUGCCACUAUGCUCGCCCGGGCAUGAGCGAGGAUGCGUGGAUCCGCGUGAUCCACGUGGUGGAGUUCUACCGCUCCAUCCGAUUCCUUCCGGACGGCACGGCGCUCUCGCUGCUCACCACCGAUGCGCCUUCCGAGACGGUGCGCAAGCUCGAACCAGGCUUGAAGGCCAAAGGAUUCUCCAAGGGUCGAUGGGAGCUGUUUGAGCAAGGUCUGGAAGACGACGAGGACGAAGGCAGGCCCAGCGGCCCCAAGGUGGUCGUCGAGGAUUUGCGCGACAAGAGCAUGCAAAAGUACGCCUUCCGCAUGGUGUUUGGCCUGCGCAGCACCACUCGAGGCCGAUGGAACAAGCUCGACUUGCUCGAGUAUCACAGCGUCAACCUCACCAAUGGCGAGGUGCUGCCGUUGCCGCAAAAGCAUUCGCGCCCCUUUCACUUUUCCAGAGUGCGCGCCUACGGCAUCUAG